GAUCUUUGUGCCACGCGUGCAGUAUUAAUUUUAGCACAUUUAUGUAGAAGCUACUGUUCCGACGACGGCUGUUACCAUCCUCUGAAUGUAGUCCAUUUCAUUCUUAUAUUUUGUUGAUUCUUCCCCACCUAAAAACUUAACAAUAAAACCCACAAAAUAAUCCAAAUAAAAAUAGUACUCCAAAUCCACACUUUGUAAUUCUAAAGGUGGCGAUGCAACAUCAAGAACAGUCAGAUUACUUGCUUUCAGCUGUGGUGGCGCCGCCGCAAUCGGGUUGUAUUCAGUCUUCUGAGAUGUCGGCGCUGACCUACGUGGACUCUUCUGGUCAGCCGCCGCAACUCUGGUCGUCUUAUUCUGGGAAUUUUGUCCAAACCUCAAUUGAUUCUGCCAACUCAUCUUCGAGCUCUGCCCGGAAAAGGAGGCAUCAUCCACAAGAUUCUAAAUCAGCUGUGGAAGAAAUGCCGCCACCGGGAUCCCUGACCGCCUCAUAUCCGGAAACAGGAGAAAGACGACGGAAAUACAGAGGCGUACGCCAACGACCGUGGGGCAAAUGGGCCGCCGAGAUAAGAGACCCCCAAAAAGCCGCCAGGGUGUGGCUCGGCACCUUCGACACCGCGGAGGGCGCGGCCCGAGCAUACGACGAGGCUGCUCUCUGCUUCCGCGGCAGCCGAGCCAAGCUCAACUUCCCGGAAUACGCCCAAAUCCUCCCCCAACCCACGCAAUUCACCACCACAUCCGCCCCUCCGCCGACCCCCUCGGCGGCGCCGCCGCAGUCGUUUUUCGAGACUGCCGGUAGAGACUACUUGGAAUACUCGGAGCUGCUGGGGAGCUGCGGCGAUGUGCAAUCGGCGACGCUGUUUGAGAAUAUGAUGUAUUCAAAUGCUCCUUAUUCUUCUUCUGUUUCUUCAUCAUAUCCAUUGUUAUUCUCUUUCAAUCCACAAGGAAGCGAUCAUCGCAUUCAAGAAGAAGGCGUAAGCAGAAGCAGAAGCUUUCCGGCGCCGCCGUGGACGACGGGGUUCUAUCCGCCGUCCUCCACCGGAUAAUAUGUAUUUUCAAUUCUUUUUUUGUUUCUUAUAAAUUCUUUUUCUCAGUCAUAAAAAAGAAUAUACUUGUUUAAUAAUGUUAAUUAAUUUCUCACUUCUGUAAUUUUAUUCAGUUAAUUUUUUUGGAAUGUUGAGUUAUUAUACACGUAUAAUUCUGGUGGUGAGUAUAAAUAGUGGUAUAGAUGUGUAUUAGUGUGAUGA